GCCGGCGGGACCAGCGGCCGCUUUGGAAGCCCCGGCCUGCCUGCCUCGCGUAGAAGUGGCUGGCGUCGCUCCAGUCUGUGCUGCGAGCGGAAGCCCUGAAGCCUGCCUGCCUGCCUGCCUGCCUUCGACCGGCUCUGAGCCUGCCACAGCGUCGCUCUCCUUCCCAGCGCGGGAGCUUGCCGGGGCCUGGCAGUCCGCCUGCCCCGGCGGCUGCUCUGCUACUCUUUCCGCGGGGAGGGCGAGGCGUUCCGCUCCUUCUGCCAGGUGAAACCUAAGUGUGGCUGCUGACACCGUCUGUGCAUCCCAUGCCCAGAGCAACGAUGACUGUCCCAAUGAGCGAUGCCCACCGGCACUUCCUGCAAGCCCUCCUGGCCCUUGGCAUAGUGGAAAGAUCAGAAGCCCGGAAGUUGCACCAGCAGUGUUGUGAGCUACACAAGGUCUACUAUGUGCAAGAUAAACUGGACGAUUUCAUCAAUUUUGUGAAUGUUCAACUACAGCAUUUGUUUAUGGAGAUCCGGAAAGGCCUGUCGGAAGAAAAUGGGAGAACAUACUAUGCUUUGGUGAACCUGGCAGAAACUGAAUUCACCAAAAUGGCAAGCAACUAUUCUGAAAAUGAACUAGAGUUGUUCAAAAAGACAAUGGACCUGAUUGUAUUGUCUGGAAGUGGCUUUGCAUCCUCCACAGAUAUUCUCAACUCAGCUGACCGGCUGAAACCAAAGAAGAUGAAGAAAAGAGAGGCAGAACAAUUACUACAGAAUCUGGUGCAGAACAAGUGGCUUCGUGAGAAAGAGGGGGAGUACACACUGCACACGCGCUGCGUCCUGGAGCUGGAGCAGUACAUCCUCUGCCAUUACCAAGGCUCUGCCCGGAAGUGCCACAUAUGCCAUAGCCUCUCCAUUCAGAGCCAAAUGUGUGAGGAUUGUGGGAUUGCAAUGCACUUGCCUUGCCUUGCCAAAUACUUUGGAGCACAAACAGAACCCCGUUGCCCUCAUUGCAAACAGUUUUGGCCUCACCGGAUUCCAGAGAUCAACCCAGGAGGUCCUCAUCUGUCAUCAAGCACCCCAAAGGAGACCAGAAAGGCUCCCUCAAUGGGCACAAGGCAACGCUAGAAGCAUCUGCAUCUUCAUGGCAUGCCUGGAGCAGCAGCUUCUUUCUAGAGGAGUGAAGGUGCAGCUGGGACACCGGCCUGGCGGUGACAAGAGUCACUGUUCUGUUCCUUAAUUUUAAAGUUUGAAAUACAAGUCUUUUACUCGUUUUCUCAAUA